AUUUACAAUUCUGCACGCAAUCCGGCACCAACACUCACUUCAUGACAGGAAUGUGGCCUGAAAAUGUAAACUUUUGGCUCAAACAUGAACAUGGAUACAUUAGGUAAACUUGCUGCUCCUGCCACAGCAAAGAUCCGGCAGCUUCAGAAGAUUGUUCAGGAUAUCAAGAAAAAUGACGGCAGCUUCCUGAAUAAACUAAAAAGGCUGACAAACAAACCAGUGCCCACCGUACCUGCGAGAGACUACAGAGAUGAGCACAGGGAAAGCGAUGACCAGUUGUCAGACAGUGAUUAUGACAAUGACACAUAUGAGGACCCGCGUGAUAAUGACAGCUACGAGCCUCCUCCAAGCCACAGAGUCUUCACCAAAACACCCGCUGCUUCCUUCCCAAGGGGGGAGUAUAUUGACAGCCCGCCCAGCCGACCGCCCAAGAAGCCCUUCAGACCAGCCAAGUUUAAAGAGCUGCCCCCUGAACCCACAAAUGCAGGAAGUGAUGAAGAAGACUACAUAAAUCCAGAUGGUGAUGACAACUAUGUAGAGCCUUCAGAGAAUCCUCCUGCCAUGCACAGCAGGAACAAAGCUGGAAGGAACCUUCCCAAGUUGCCAGAGCGGACCCCCAGUCCAGAUUUUUAUGAAGUUCCUGACAAAGAGGACAACUCUCCAGCUCAUCCAGCGAGCAGACUCUGUCCAACGCCAGCAAAACAGUCAUCAUCUUUACCACCAAAGCCCAGCCCCAGGGUGAACAUGAGGAAAUCUCCCACUCCUGUCCAGGAGCCCACAGAUGGAGAUGAAUAUGAAGUUUGCGAUCCAGAUGAUAGUCCUGGGCUGAGUCGUGCUCCACGUCUACCUAAACCUUUACCCAGAGAGAGGUCACCGAAACCACCUGUAGGACCGAGGCCAGAUUUAAAACCAAGGGACUUUGACAGCAAGACGCUGCCUUUGGCUCACACUGAACAGAAACCUCCUCCAAAAUCUUUUACACUCGACUUUCAGCGACCAAAAAUUCCCCUUCCACAGUUUACCUCCCAGAAGCCUCAUGAGAGAGCAAGUUUUUCCACUGAAAAUGACUCAACAGAUCAAGAUAAGGAUUCAGACAUCUAUAGGAAACCCUGGUAUGCCAGCUCGUGCGACCGAAAAACUGCUGAUGAUGCCUUGUUUCGCUUGAAUAAAGACGGAGCAUUUAUGGUGAGAAAGAGCUCCGGUCAUGACGCACAGCAGCCGUAUACAUUAGUGGUGUUUUACAAUGGCAGAGUGUACAACAUCCCAAUCCGCUAUAUACCAAGCAUCCAGCAGUAUGCUCUGGGAAGAGAGAAGAAAGGGGAAGAGCACUUCAGCAGCGUCUCCCACAUCAUUGAGAACCACCAGAGAAACCCCCUGGUGCUGAUUGACAGUCAGAGCAAUGCCAAGGACGCCGCCAAGCUGUGCUACCCUGUGAAGCCCUAGAUGACCCUCAGGGAUUCAAAACAUCGGUGUGACUGGAGAUGAGCACCUCGAUCCACUGUGUUUACUGUCAGACUUGCAGAGGUCACUGGGGUUGUUGCUCUGUCACUUAAAACGCAGGUGGGAAACACGCCUGAGUCCAGAUUGUUUCAAAAAAAAAGAAUGGGAGUCGCUGGAUGGAGGUGUGUAAGAGAACCUCGCCAACAUGGGAGCUUCCAUCGUGUUAGACAAAGGACUAUUUCAGUUGCUACCCUGGGGAGUGAUAUGACAACACAAUGCUACAUUGGUAAUGGACUGACUUCCACCAUAUUCCAGUUUUUUUUUGCCUUUCGGCCUAAUGCAGUAUCAAUACAAAUAAGCUUAGCUUACAAACUGUGGUGGGAAGUGGUCUGACAAUGUACACCACAUAUAAUUUUAUGUAUACAGUUUGGGCAAACUGACUACAAAGUAUCUGAUCAGCAUUCCUGCUUCUGUUGUCCACAACAAAGAUGAGAUUUUAUGAGCUGCUAAAAUCAUCAGUGAUGUGUCCUUACUUUAAACAGUGUCUACAGCUGGAGUCUGUUCUACAGGACGAACCAAUCAGGUUCACAAUAAGCCAUAGGAGCACACAGUGGGAUUUCUGUAACCAUGUGAGCCACACAGCAUAAGUUCAAACACAUCCUAACUUUUAAUCUGGGGGUAGGAUAUUGUGCAGGAGCAACAGCCCCAUUAUCUGAUGCUUUUUCUCCUCCGUCAAUGGUUGACUGUCAGCAGGACUGCUCGCCAUGCAGGGCUGAAGUAGCACAGACUCUGAAGACUUUGAAACUCGUGUUAUAUUAUGUUUUUUUUAUUUUAUUUUAAUGCUCAGUAAACAGUGUAGUAAAAUGAAUCAAGGAAUGAGACAGCUUUGCUGUAAGCAGAAGGAAGCAGGCGGACAGUUGGUUUAUGACAGCAAUACUUCAGGGAGCAAUUUAUACAUUGAUGUGUGUUUGGUUUAAUAAAACUUUUCUCGUGUGGUAUAUCUCAACUCAUACCUUCAGUCACAACAAAAUGCCACCAGGAACUAA